CAACAAAAAGUUUGACACGAGCAAACCCAGCAAUGAUUACGCUCCCGUUGUUGCCUGGUGCUGCCAACUCUGUCCUUUGCUGUUCAUAAGCAUCUCUAGCGCUCUGGUGUUUUGCAUCUUCAUUCUUUUCACGUCUGCACUUGAGGUUUUACGCCUUUUGAUGAGCAAAGUUGCACACAAUGGCAGAGCUUUCUACGGACGCAUACUGGCGAGCGCCGCCCAUUGCUAGAACUGUUGCGACCAUUACCUUUGGUCUAUCCUGCGCUGUACACACAGGAGUCCUUGCCGGGGAUCUCUUCUACUAUGACUUUCGCUACUUGCUGCGGAUCCCUCCGCAAGUUUGGCGUAUCGUAACAUGCUUCUUGAUUACCUUCCCAAACUUGGGUAUCCUAUUUGACACUUUCCACAUGUACAUGUACAUGAGUCAGCUGGAGAGAGGUCAUCCGCGAUUGUCUCGACGAGAAGAUUUCGUCUGGUACUUGACUUUCGUUAGCGGAACAAUUUUGAUACUGAGUCACCUGACAGGCUUCGGGUUUGGAGUACUGACGCAAGCACUUCUCCUUGCCAUGGCCUAUACCGUAACCCAGGAGCAGCGAGGGCAGCAAACGAACUACAUGUUCAUCCAGAUCCCGUCCCAGCUUGUGCCGUUUGCCAUGAUGGCGAUCAACCUUUUCUUCCCCGGUGGUAUCGGCAUCGUAUUGCUGCAGCUUCAUGGACUUGCAGCGGCACACUUGUAUCUGUUCCUCAGCAAGAUCUGGCCCGAGGUUGCAGGUGGCCGAAACUGGAUUCAGACUCCUGCGUUUAUUAGUUCGUUGGUGAAUGGGGUAGCACCAGCACCACAACGACCAGCAGUAGCUGGAGCCAGAGUGCCUGAUGCAGCAUCCGGUCGAAGCAGCGGUGCGUCUCGUGGACCACUGCCAGACUCGUGGCGGACAAGAGGACCUGGGCACCGCCUAGGCUGAGCCAUAUAGUAAAUAAGACACGUCACCUUUUUAUCUAUUAAUACUACAAAAUAAUGAUGAUGCAAAACUGUUACACUAUGCACUGCU